GCGCUGUGGGGAUCCUGCUCAGCGCGAGUUGCCCCAACAGAAGCAGCGAGGCUCACGGUACAAAAGUUUCUCCACAGGAAUGGGCAAGUUUGAGAAGGACGCUUUUCUUUUACACCUCACCCCCGCGAUCCCCACAACGACAACGGAUUGGAUAUAAGGAUCGACUGCGCCCCGACAGACAGCUCCAGAUCUGGACUUUAUUUCUUCUUCCUCUUCUUUUUUCUUUUUCUGGGGCGAUAACUUGGAUAACUUAGAUUCAUCUGAAGAUAAAAGCAAAACAAGUUGGGAGGUGUUCACUUGGGGGGAAAAUGCGUUCCUCUACGCUGCCUCGCACUUUUGCAAAGUUCGCUGUGAUUUUCCUGCUGUUGUUGAGAGUGGAGAGCGGAUCUGGUACUAACGCCAGGACGUGUCCGUCUCCCUGCGCUUGUCUCAGGGAGCUCGUGGACUGCGGUCGGUUGAAAAGGGGACAAACACUACCAGCCGUGAUCCCGGAGUGGACAGUUGAACUGGACCUGAGCCACAACAAAUUGCAGGUGCUCGACAGCACUUUGUUUUCCAAACUACAACAUUUAAAAGAAAUAAAGCUGAACCACAAUGGACUGGAGGAGAUACCGGAUCUGGGCCCUUACGCCUCAAACAUCACAGUUCUUAUUCUAGCAAACAACAAGAUCACUGCGAUCUCCGAGGCUCAGCUCCGGCCCUUUCUUGCCCUGGAAACCCUCGACCUCAGUAACAACAAUGUUGUAGAAAUGAAGUCCGGCUCCUUCCCUGCGCUGCCUCUCAAGAACUUGUUCCUCAACAACAAUCGGUUAUCCUCUCUGGAGCCCGGCUGCUUUACCAACCUGUCGAGCACGCUGCAGGUUCUCCGGCUCAACCGCAACCGCCUCUCCAACAUAGGACCCAAGAUCUUCACGCUGCCUCACCUACAACAUCUAGAGCUGAGCAGAAACCGGGUUCGUAGGGUGGAUGGGCUGACGUUCCAACACCUUCCAAGUCUUCGCUCCUUGAAGAUGCAGAGAAACGGCCUCAACCGCCUGAUGGACGGAUGUUUCUGGGGUCUCGGCGAUAUGGAAGUCCUGCAGCUGGACUACAACAACCUGACAGAGGUGAGCAAAGGCUGGCUGUACGGCCUGAAGUCUCUGCAGCAGCUCCACCUCAGCCACAACACCAUCAGCAAGAUCAAAUCUGACGCCUGGGAGCCCUGCCCGAAACUCAGUGAGCUCAACCUGUCCUCCAAUCACCUGUCCAGGCUGGACGAAUCGGGAUUCGCAAAUCUCGGCGUGCUUGACAGGCUUGAUGUUGGAAACAACCGCGUGAGCUUUAUCGCUGAUGGAGCUUUCCGUGGUCUCUCCAAUCUGCAGAUGCUGGAUCUCCAAAAUAAUGAAAUCUCCUGGACUAUCGAAGACAUGAAUGGACCUUUCUCUGCUUUGGACAAGCUGAAAAAACUAUUUCUGCAGAGGAACCAGAUCCGCUCGGUGACCAAGAAGUCUUUCUCAGGCCUGGACGCGCUGCAGCACCUAGAUUUGAGUAAUAACGCCAUCAUGUCCAUUCAAGCGAAUGCCUUCUCCCAGAUGAAGAACCUGCAGGAGCUGCGUCUAAACACCUCCAGCCUCCUGUGCGACUGCCAGCUGAAGUGGCUACCCAUCUGGGUGGCAGAACAAACCUUCCUGUACUGCGUCAAUGCCAGCUGCGCCCACCCGCAAAUGCUGCAGGGCAGGAGCGUGUUCGCCGUCCGCCAGGAGGAGUUUGUGUGUGAGGAUUUUCCAAAGCCUCAGAUCACUGUGCAGCCGGAAACCCAAUCGGCCCUCAAAGGCGCCAAUGUGACGUUUGUGUGCUCUGCGGCCAGCUCAAGCGACUCGCCGAUGACCUUCGCCUGGAAAAAAGACAAUGAGGUCCUUAAUGAUGCGGAGAUCCACAACCAGGCCCACCUACGGGUGCAGGGGGGAGCAGGAGGUGAGACGGAGGUGACGGAGUAUACGACCACAUUGCAGCUCCGAAACGUCGAGUUCUCCAGCGAGGGGAGGUAUCAGUGUGUGAUCUCCAACCAUUUUGGAUCUUCGUAUUCUACCAAGGCCAGACUCACCGUCCACAUGCUCCCUUCCUUCACAAAGACACCUAUGGACUUGAGUAUCCGCGCUGGGGCAACAGCUAGGCUGGAGUGCGCUGCUGUUGGCCACCCUUCCCCCCAGAUCGCCUGGCAGAAAGAUGGAGGCACCGACUUUCCUGCCGCCCGUGAACGCCGGAUGCAUGUCAUGCCUGAGGAUGAUGUCUUUUUCAUAGUGGAUGUCAAGACUGAAGACAUUGGCGUUUAUAGCUGCACAGCUCAAAACACAGCUGGAGCCAUUUCUGCAAAUGCUACACUGACAGUUCUAGAAACACCGUCAUUUCUCCGUCCACUCAUGGAUCGCACCGUGGCCAAAGGUGAGACCGCCGUCCUUCAGUGCAUUGCUGGCGGUAGUCCUCCCCCAAAGCUGAACUGGACCAAAGAUGACAGUCCAUUGGUGGUUACAGAGCGCCACUUCUUCGCAGCUGCCAACCAACUCCUUAUCAUUGUUGACGCCGCAGAGGCAGAUGCAGGAAAGUAUACUUGUGAGAUGUCCAACACUCUGGGCACAGAGAGGGGCAACAUUCGACUGACGGUUGUGCCGAAUCCCAACUGUGACUCUGGAGCGCAGGGCGUCGUUGGGGUGGGUAUUGGAACUGGGGCAGGAUCUGACGAUGAUGGGUGGACCACAGUAGGCAUUGUCAUCAUAGCGGUGGUGUGUUGUGUGGUUGGUACUUCCCUGGUUUGGGUAGUCAUCAUCUACCACACCCGUCGAAGGAAUGAAGACUGCAGUGUCACCAACACAGAUGAGACCAACCUGCCUGCCGACAUCCCCAGCUACCUGUCCUCUCAGGGCACAUUAGCAGACCGACAGGAUGGUUAUAUACCGUCUGAGAGCGGUAGCAGCCAUCAGUACAUGACGUCUUCUAUUAGUGGUUUCUAUCUGCAGCCUAAAGAAAUGAUCGGAACUGAAGUGGAUAUGGAAGUGGCCAUUGAUCCUCUGCUUUGCCAUUACCAAGGUCCGAUUGGCUCACUGCUUCACAGAGAUAACAUGUACUUGACUGACCCAGCAGAAGUCUUUACAGGUUGUUCCACCGACCAAAGGCCAGCUUGUAUCGACUCCUACAACGGCAGCCUGACAAACUCUAAAAGGAGGGACUACUUCCUGACCGAGCAUUUUGACCUCUGCUCGUCCACUGUCCUGACCCAACUUCCCAAUGCUAGUUUGCAUCAUGCUUCCUCCUACCAUCAGAGUGACCAUCGUUCAUCAGUGGAGGAGGGGGAUACGAGUGAUUAUGGGAGACCUAAUGAAUGUCUCUCUCCCUGCAACACCUUCAUGGGAACAUUUGGGAAAGCUCCCAAUUGGAGGCCUCAGCAGGACCUUCAUCCAGGAUUCACCCCACUGUCAGUAACACAGAAUGGCAUAACUCUGCACGAGAAUCCUUAUACUGCUCCGGAUGUAGAGGCAGACCACAAGGAGUUCAACGACUCUUCAUCAGAGCAGAGCAACAGCGUGUAUGAACAGCCAUUUGACAACACUCGGACUGAUUCCACCUCACAGUGUCUAUCAAGCACUUAGCUGAGUGACUGAGCUCCAGUGAGCUAGUGUUUUUCAUGAAGAGAACCAAAAAAAAAGAACAUUUCUACCUCACUAAAUGUACACUUUUGCAAUAAAAGGACUCCUCAUGUGGACAACGAGUGAAUGUAAAGGACAAUUUAGUGUUCCUGCAGAAAGAAAAAGGAACAUAUUACCAGCUGUUGUUGAGGACACAGAUUCUGUUAAAUAUUAAAGAUCAAUAUAUACAUUUUUUUUUAUCAAAGUUUAUUAUAUUUUGUAAAUUGUAUAUAAAAAAAGAUUUCAUUAUUUUUGCUUACAUUUUGAGUACUUUGCAGCCCUGCCUAUUCACUUAUUCCAGCUUUGAAUGAAGCAUUGUUUUGCACAUACAUUAUGUAAACAAUAAAAACACCUAAAUGUG